AUGGGAUCUUUCAAAGGUCAUGCUUUACCAGGCACAUUGUUCUUAGUGGUUGGAGUAUGGCACAUUUGGAGUUCAGUGGUUAGAUUCACAACGAAUCCAAAAUCGUUUCGGGUUAGAGUUUGGCACCCUGUUCCUGGUUUCAACGAUAGGAUCAAGUACUUGGAGCUUUACGUUGUCACUAUCGGAUCAUUCAUUGACUUGUGCAUCGAGUUCUUGUACUCUACUCAUCUCAGGUUCUUUGUCAAUGGUGUCUUGAAUCCUUCUCACAUGAACGAUUUCGAGCAUUCCGGGAUGCUUCUCAUGUUCUUCAUACUUGGAUUCAUUGCUUUGCUCUCCGAGAAAACAAGGUUACUUCCUCUGCCACAAGAAGCUCUGUGUCUAAUCGCAGCAACAGCUUUUACAGCAGAGUGCCUUCUCUUCUUCUUCCACUCCACAAGCCACAAAGGUCUUGAAGGUUAUUACCAUCUCCUCCUCGUCUUUCUCAUCGGUCUCUGCGUCAUCUCCUCAAUAGCAGGAGCAAUCUGCCCUACAAGCUUCCCAGUAGAUCUAUGCAACGGCAUUGCAAUGACUCUUCAAGGCCUCUGGUUUUAUCAGACAGCUUUCACACUCUAUGGACCUAUGAUGCCUCAAGGCUGCAGUUUGAAAGGAAACUCUGUCGUCUGCAGAUCAGCCGAUUUCGAAGUCUCUGGAGAGUUUCUUGCUAAUUUUCAGCUCUUCUCUUUGGUUCUUGCUGUUCUUGUUUAUGUUGUUGGGUCCUAUGUUUUUGCAGCUUCAAGAUAUGGAGUUAGUAGAUGA